UUUACGAUUCCUGCAACACAAACCUCUAUCUCCAAAGGGCAAUGGAUCGAGUACCACCCCAUCAGUAACAUCACGGACAGUGGUCCGAUCGAAUUUUUUGUUUCGGGAACCGGAGAUGAGUAUUUGGACUUGGCACGUACUCAGUUAUUUGUUAAAGCCAAGAUCACAAAAGCAAAUGGAACCGCCAUAGAUGCCGAUACACAAGUAGGUCCCGUAAACCUGUUUUUACAUUCCCUGUUUUCCCAAGUAGACGUUGCCUUGAACGAGCAAUUGAUCUCUCCAUCCACUAAUACCUACCCUUAUCGCGCCAUGAUCGAAACCUUGCUAAACUACGGAGAAGAAGCAAAAACAAGUCAACUUUCUAUGGCCAUGUUUUACAAAGAUAACCCUUGGAAAAAUGGAUGUUGCCAACCCUGUGGCUGCAGACGAUGCUGCAAACAAGGGGUUAAAGGUUCGCUAUGAUUUCACUAAAGAAAGUCAUAUUGUGGAUAUGAUGGGGCCCAUUCGUAGCGACAUUUUCUUUCAAGACCGGUUGAUGCUAGAUGGAGUGAGUUUAAGAAUCAAACUGAACCGAGCCAAGAACUCGUUUUGUCUAAUGUCAUCAGCAGCCGCUCCAACUUUCAAGGUGGUAAUCACAGAAGCCAUCUUGUUCGUUCGCCCGGUGAAAUUGGCCUCCUCUAUUAUACUUGGCCAUGCACCUGCACUAAAA